CAGACGGUGAGAGGGGCAGUAUCCGAGUCCCAGGGCCGGGCAGACAGAAGCUUCGUUGGAAGUAAAUACCCCGCCUGGCUUGUGUCCGCGACUUACCCAAACAUGGACUUCUCCAAGCUGCCCCGGAUUAUGGAUGAGGAGAAGGAGAGUAUGUUAGGCUUUGUCCACGGAGUAUCUGGCCCAGUGGUCACAGCGUCUCAGAUGUCGGGAGCCGCCAUGUAUGAGCUGGUGCGCGUCGGACACUCCGAGCUGGUGGGGGAGAUCAUUCGUCUGGAGGGUGACUUGGCCACCGUCCAGGUGUACGAGGAAACCUCCGGGGUGUCUGUCGGGGAUCCGGUCCUGAGAACGGGGAAGCCGCUUUCUGUGGAACUGGGCCCGGGUAUCAUGGGGAACAUCUUCGACGGGAUCCAGAGACCUCUCAAAGACAUCUCAGACCUGACCAAGAGCAUCUACAUCCCAAGAGGAAUUAACGUGCAUGCGCUGUCACGGGACCUCAAAUGGGAAUUUACACCCGAUAAAAAUAUCCGGAUCGGAAGCCACGUAACCGGGGGCGACAUCUAUGGAGUCGUCGCUGAAAAUUCUCUCAUCAAACACAAGAUCAUGUUACCGCCGCGCAGCUGCGGGACGGUGACCUACGUCGCUCCGCCUGGGAACUACGACAUCUCGGACGUGGUACUGGAAUUAGACUUUGAAGGCAUAAAGGAGAAACUCACGAUGGUGCAAGUAUGGCCGGUCCGUCAGAUUCGCCCAACCGCAGAGAAGCUCCCAGCAAACUUCCCUCUGCUCACCGGCCAGAGGGUGCUGGAUGCGCUGUUCCCGUGCGUCCAAGGAGGGACGACGGCCAUCCCAGGAGCCUUCGGCUGCGGGAAGACGGUGAUCUCACAAGCUCUGUCCAAGUUUUCCAACAGUGAUGUCAUUGUGUAUGUCGGCUGCGGGGAGCGCGGGAAUGAGAUGUCGGAGGUCCUACGCGAUUUCCCAGAGCUCACCAUGGAAGUCGAUGGCAAAACCGAAACAAUUAUGAAAAGAACGACCCUGGUGGCAAAUACGUCCAACAUGCCGGUGGCAGCCAGAGAGGCCUCCAUAUAUACUGGCAUCACCCUCUCGGAGUAUUUCCGCGAUAUGGGGUAUAACGUCAGCAUGAUGGCGGAUUCCACCUCGCGUUGGGCGGAGGCUCUGAGAGAAAUUUCUGGCCGUCUCGCGGAAAUGCCUGCAGACAGUGGUUACCCAGCGUACCUUGGAGCCCGCCUGGCCUCGUUCUAUGAACGUGCUGGACGUGUGAGAUGCCUAGGUAGUCCUCGCAGAGAAGGGAGUGUCAGCAUCGUUGGCGCGGUCUCUCCGCCUGGAGGUGACUUCUCAGACCCCGUCACAUCAGCCACUCUGGGCAUCGUACAGGUGUUUUGGGGUCUGGAUAAGAAACUGGCUCAGAGGAAACACUUCCCGUCCGUUAAUUGGCUAAUUAGCUACAGCAAGUACAUGCGCGCUCUGGAUGAAUAUUACGACCGGAACUUCACCGAGCUGGUGCCGCUCCGCACCAAAGCCAAAGAAAUCCUGCAAGAGGAGGAGGACUUGGCGGAAAUCGUCCAGUUGGUUGGGAAGGGUUCGCUUGCAGAAGCCGAUAAAAUCACGUUAGAAGUCGCUAAAUUGAUAAAAGAUGAUUUCCUCCAACAAAACGGAUACUCGGCAUACGAUCGAUACUGUCCAUUCUAUAAGACGGUGGGAAUGCUACAGAAUAUGAUUGCUUUUUACGAGAUGGCGCGACAUGCAGUGGAAGCCACAGCCCAGGCAGAGAACAAGAUAACGUGGGCCCUGAUCCGUGAAAACAUGGGAGACAUUCUGUACAAACUAAGCGCCAUGAAAUUCAAGGAUCCACUAAAGGACGGAGAGGCCAAGAUAAAGGCGGAUUACGCGCAGCUGUACGAGGAGAUGCAGAACGCCUUCCGCAGUCUGGAGGACUGAGUGGGUCGCAGAGGGGCACGUGGCCAGGGGUGUAGGGUAGGAGAGAUGGCAUAGAGAGGACUAUAUACCCAGGAGGGAGGCAUUUAUAUGUAAAUAGCGUUUCAGUUAUAUGUCAAAUUUCAAAACAUCCAAUAAAGGUUUUUUGAAAGCAAAA